AUGGCCGAUAUGACCCAGGUCCCCAUUAACGGCAACUACGCUGCCCAGCAUGGCUUCCCCGAUUCCUUCAACCCCGCCCACGCGGCCAUGAACACCGCGGCCAACUUCCAACCGGCUCAGUCCUCCACUCCUACCAGCGCCACUCCCAGCGCCGAACAGCAGAAGAAUGAGAUCACCAAGGACGAGGUCGGCUGGUUCUUUGUCGAGCAGUACUAUACCACUAUGAGCCGUAACCCGGACAAGCUGCACCUCUUCUACUCCAAGCGGUCCCAGCUUGUCUUUGGCACCGAGGCCGCGUCCGUGCCCGUUGCUAUCGGUACCAAGGCUAUCAACGACAAGAUCAAGGCCCUCGACUUCCAGGACUGCAAGGUUCGUGUCCUGAACGUCGACUCCCAGGCCUCCUUUGACAACAUCCUGGUCUCCGUCAUUGGUGAGAUCUCCAACAAGUCUGAGCCCUCUCGCAAGUUCGUUCAGACUUUCGUUCUGGCUGAGCAGCCCAACGGCUACUACGUUCUCAACGACAUCUUCCGCUACCUCGUUGAGGAAGUCGAGGAGGAUGAGGCCGUUACGGAGGAGAUCACCCCCGCCGUCUCCGAGGCUCCCCAGACCACCGAGACUGCCGCUACUUCCGAGGAAGCCCAGGUCACUGAUGAGGCCGCUGCUUCCAAGGCUGACGAGAAGCUGGAGGAGGUCAGCGGCGAGGGCGAGCAGCCCGAGAAGGUUGCCCCCAAGACCAAUGGUACCCCCGCCGAGGAGCCUGAGGAGGCCCCCGUCCCCGUUGUCGAGCCCGAGGCUCUGAAGGAAGAGAAGCCUCAGACCGCGGAGCCUUCCCCUGCUCCUGAGCAGAAGGAGGUCCCCGCUAAGGAGACUGCUGCCCCGGCCGCUCCCGCUGCUGCUCCCGCCGCCCCUGUCCCGGCCGUCCCCAAGACCUGGGCUAGCAUUGCCUCCAAGGUCGGUGCUGCCAAGGCUGCUGCUGCUGCUGCUGCCGCUGCCGCCCCGGCUGUCCCUGCUGCUACUGCUGCGGCUCCCGCUCCCACUCCUGCUGCUGCUGCUGCCGCCCCCAAGGCUGCCCCCGCUCCCGCUACUGACUCGGCUGCCACGACUCCUCGUGCUGCUGUUACUCCAACUCCCGCUGCUGAGAAGGAUGCUGCCUCUGCUGACAGUGCUGGCUGGCAAACUGCCGGUGCUGACCACAAAAAGACCCAGUCUCGCGCUGGCGAGGACCAGGUUGUCCUUGGUUAUAUGAAGAACAUUAAUGAGAAGGUGGACGCUGGUCUGUUGAAGCAGACUCUUACCCGCUUCGGAAAGCUGAAGUACUUUGAUGUCAACCGCCCUAAGAACUCUGCCUUUGUCGAGUUCGCCGAGCCUUCCGCUUAUGCUGCCGCCGUCGCUGCCAACCCCCAUCAGAUUGGCACUGAGCAGAUCAUCCUCGAGGAGCGCCGCCCUCGCCCCAACAACUUCGGCAACGGGUACCCUGCUGGUCGUGGCCGCGGUGGCCGCGGUGGUUUCCAGCGUGAUGGCCGUGGUGGCUUCGCUCGUGGUCGCGGCGGAAAUGCGCCUGCCAAGGGCCGCACCGGUGCCCCGGCCGCUUAA